AUGUCAACAGCCCAAAUUAGUACAAUUUGCAUCCCACAAGUGAAGUUGUUUUCACAUAAACACUAUCAAUCCCAAAAGCCUAAUAAAAUUUCAUUUUUGGGCAAUAAUUGUGAAAAUAGCAAGUUGACCAAAAGAUUGAGAGAUAGUACAUGGAAAUUAGGGGUGAACUAUAAUGGCUAUGCCUAUUUCACCUCUCCCUUACACCCUCUCGAAGCCGAAUUGCCGCUAGAUGCAGAAUCUGGCGGCAAUCGAGCGGGUGUUGGAAUCGACGAGUUUUUUCAAGGGAAGAACAUUUUUGUUACUGGUGCCACUGGCCUUGUCGGUAAAGCCUUGGUCGAAAAAUUAUUGAGGUCGACAUCGGUGCGUAAAAUUUACUUACUCAUGAAGGCAAACGAUAAGGAGGGUGCGCUCGAGCGAUUGUCGAAAGAUAUUAUCCAAUCCGAACUUUUCGAAUGCUUAUGGAAAGAAUACGGAAGCGGAUUCGAAGAACUCGCGCGCGAGAAGUUGGUUCCGAUCGUUGGAAAUAUUUGCAAACCGAAUCUCGGAAUGGAUGCUUAUUCUUCUGGUGUUGUCAUGGAUGAAGUAGAUGUCAUUGUGGGAUCUGCAGCUAGCACGACCUUAGACGACAGGUACGAUUCCUUGAUCGAUGCAAAUGUAAGCGCUCCACAACGGCUAAUGAGGUUUGCUAAGAAAUGCAAGAAUCUCAAGCUUUUCGUGCACAUCUCAACCGCAUAUGUCAAUGGAAGAAAAGAAGGCAUAAUCUACGAGAAGCCAUUGGUUAUGGGAGGAAAUGGGAGAAACGAAGAGGACUUCGCCACAUCUUCUUCUAAUUGGGGAAUAGAUUUAACCGACGAGAUGAACCUCGUUAUGAAAUCGUGCAUUGGCUCCAUCGAAUUUGAGGCAACAAAAGAACUAAAAAGGCUUGGUCUUGAGAGGGCCGCAUUCUACGGAUGGUAUAAUCCGUAUCAUUCGACUAAGGCAAUGGGCGAAAUGGUUCUUAACGAAAUUAGAGAGAACGUACCCGUGCUUAUCAUAAGACCAACCGUUAUCGAGAGUAGCUACGAACAACCUUUUCCAGGAUGGAUACAAGGAAAUAGAAUGUUUGAUCCGGUCAUUAUUUCUUACGGCAAAGGACUACUUCCGGCUUAUCUAGCCGAUCCCAACGCGCAUGUGGACAUUGUUCCAGUUGAUAUGGUGGCUAAUACAACAAUUGCAGCCAUUGCGAAACACGGAAGCAUAAACAAGCCACGAUUGGACGUGUAUCAUGUGGCGACCGAUUUUGUGAAUCCCUUGAAAUUUUCGGAUUUCUUCGAACACAUCCACGAACACUUUACCCGGAACCCAUUGACCUCGGGAGACUUUCCGAAAAUGGAAUUGUUCGAUGAUUUUAGCGAUUUCUCUAUGUACGUUAGGGAUGUAAUAUCCGAACGCACCGGAUUGACGAAUAUUAACGCGGUUGAAACAAAUGGAAACGCGGUUCAAAAGAUCCGAAGAUUGUACAAAGCGAAGGUCGCUUAUGCCGAGCAGUUGUGCAAAUUGUACGAGUUCAUAGGGUUCUUCAAAGCCAGGUUCCACACCGGAAACACCCGUAAGUUACUAGACGAGAUGUCGAAAGAGGAGCAAGAUAAGUUCGAAAUCGAUGCGACGAAAAUCGACUGGAGAAAGUACUUCGUCGACAUUCAUAUCCCGGGCGUGAGGAAACACGUGUUGAAUAACAAAAUGACAGUCUGA